UUCAAAACGUUGUAUUAUUAAGAGGAAUGUCGAUUACCAUUUUAUCCUUGCUUUGCUGCUCUAUAUUUUCCUGGUUUGAGUUCUCACCUCCCCAUUUCCCAGUUUCGCUCGCUUGAGCUUUUUCUUUACACAUCCAAUUACCCAUUUGGCCAUUUUUCUUUCUAUCUCAAUUCUCAAUUCUGAAUUUGGGGAACUGAGUAAACGCCAAUCUAUUUUGGAUGUUGGCUGCACCUACUGAAACAUUAGCUGUUUCCCCUACACAUUUUGGGCAGCUCGUAAUUUUCGAUUUCUAACGCUUUUUCUAGUCAUAAUUGAAACUCUCUCCUAGUACCAACACAAGAGCAAUGGAGCAAAUUGCUUCUCCUUGUAGGACAUAUUCAAUCUCGGAGAGCUAUGGAAACUUACUUGUCUAAUCCCAUUGACUCGAUGAGUCUAGGCUUGUUGGUCAUAGCACACUGUUGCCAUUGCUUCUUUUCACAGUAGAGGUUUGUGAUGGCUAGCACCUCUGGUCAGGGACUUAACUCAAGCAGAAAUUAUAGACAAUGGCUGGCUGAAACAUUUGAUGGCCAUGAAACGCUGGAUGAUGAGUUGUCAGAUAGUAAUGUGGAUGGAAAUGGUAAUUUGAUUAACCCAUUGGAUCAAAAUUUUCCUAUGACUUUGGAAGCUGGAGAACCAUACACGGGCAUGGAGUUUGAGUCAGCAGAGGCUGCUAGGGAGUUUUAUGAGAUGUAUGGCCGGCGUAUGGGCUUCACCAUACGGAAUAAUCGCACACGUCGAUCUCUUAAGGAUAACUCAAUAAUUGGCCGAGAGUUUGUUUGCUCAAAAGAAGGUUUUCGUGCAGAAAAAUAUACAAAGAGAGAAUACAGAGUGUGCCCAUCACGGCCUGCCACAAGAGAGGGAUGUAAUGCAAUGCUGAGGAUAGCAGCAAAGGAUGGGGGAAAGUGGGUUAUUUAUGGUUUUAUUAAAGAACACAAUCAUGAACUGAACCCAAGCAAAAUACCACCUCGAAGGUCACAUAGGAUUGCAUUUUGUGAGGAUGAAAAAGAUCUUAAAAUUCGGGAACUGUCCACAGAGCUGCAUCGUGAGAAAAAGAAAUCAGCCGCUUAUCUAGAGCAGCUUCAGAUGGUUCUAAAAUAUGUUGAAGAACACACUCAGCGGCUAUCAUUAAAAGUUGAUGUGGUAUCCGGCAAUCUGAGGGAACUUGAAUCCGUAGACCGCAUUUUCUGACUAUGUUGAUUCUUGGACCAUGGAAGUUGUUGCAGAAGAGACCAAAUUGUGUGACUGAAUGCUCUUCAGGGAGAUGAUGGCAAUGCAUCUCUGAUAAAAAUAACGGCCUCCAUCUCGCUUUUAUUGAGUCAGAUGUUGAUCUUUCCCCAAAGAAAAUCUGCCGUUGAUGGCUGUUAAUCUGUUCCCUUCAUUUUCCAAGUUUCUUAAUGGCUGCCAAUCUGCUCAUUAUCUGUGUUCUUCGUAUAUGUAAGAAUAUUCAUGUUAAUACAAAAUUUACGUUUUCCAUUGCUUAUCUAUUCCUUGCUUCAGAAGAAGCAACCUACUGCAUUAUGUCACCAACAUGGAACCUCUGAUCAGAUUACCGGCAUGCAUUAUUAGCUCGUCAAGCAGACUAUGAGGAUAUGUUGAGCCGCAACUUUCUUGCGAAUUAGUUGAACGACGGAGCUGGACUUAAUUCCA